AUGGACUCUAGGGGAGAGCUCACAAAGGAUAGAGGUCUACGAGAUAGAUUCAAGAAGUUUAAAAUCUUGAAUCCGAUAAUGAGAGCUAGGAUUCUUAGAAGAGGCAUGUGGAACAUUGCGAACAUCCUUUUGGUGGUCACAAAAUGGACUCCUGAAGAACUAAAGGAGAAGUCGGAAGUCAAGUCUAUUCCCUUAUGGGUUCAUCUUAAAAAUGUUCCCAUGAACAUGUUUUCUUGGCAAGGAUUGAGCUUUAUCACGAGUUCAGUGGAGCAUCCAGUAAGACUUCAUCCUGAUACUGCCUCUUGUUCUAACUUUGAGGUUGCCAAGAUAUUUGUGAAUGCUGAUUUAUCUCAGGAAUUGCCCACCAAGAUAAAUUUCACAAAAAACGGCAAAUCAUCUUUAGUGGAGUUUGAUUAUCCAUGGCUUCCUUUACGAUGUCAUACCUGUAAAAAAUGGGGGCAUGCUGAGAAAUCUUGUGUUAUGAAUAAGAAAGAUGGAGUUGGAUUGGCUGAUCAGCUUAAGGGGGGUUUGACACAGAAAACGAAUGCGAAGGAGAAGAAGACUAGGGAGGAAACUGUCGAGAAAAUAGAUUCAGAAAUGGAAGAAGGUCAGAUAGAAGAGGGUUGGUCUUGA